CUGGAACUUUACCCAGCAUCCUCUUCGCGCUCAACAUGGAGGAACUGACGGUGGAGGUCCGUGGCUCCAAUGGAGCUUAUUAUAAGGGCUUUGUCAGAGACGUUCACGAUGACUCGCUCUCCAUUUCGUUCGAGAAUAACUGGCAGCCAGAGAGACAAGUGCCCUUCAGCGAUGUUCGGUUACCGCCAUCCGCAGACACCAAGAAGGAGAUCGGGGAAGGAGAAGAGGUGGAGAUCUUCUCCAGGGCCAACGAGCAGGAGCCGUGUGGAUGGUGGCUGGCUAAAGUGCGCAUGAUGAAGGGCGACUUCUAUGUGAUUGAAUAUGCCGCCUGUGAUGCCACAUAUAACGAGAUUGUGACGUUUGAGCGUCUGCGUCCUGUGAACCGGAAUAAAGCGGUGACCGAGAGCACGUUCUUCAGGUGCAGCGUUCCUGUCCCGGAGGACCUCAGAGCUGCGUGUGAGAGUGAACAAGCCCACAAGGAGUUCAAGAAGGCAGUGGGAGCCAUUCGCAUCGUUUACAGCCCUGAGAAAAGUGAACUGGUUGUUCUGUCCCUGAGCGAAGCCACGGUGAAGCGCGUCUCUCUGCUGAGCGACAUUCAUUUACGCAGCAUCCGCACAAAACUCAUGCUCAUGUCCAGAAACCAGGAGGCCACCAAACAUCUGGAGAGCACAAAGCAGCUGGCGUCAGCAUUUCAGGAAGAGUUCACUGUGAGAGAAGACCUCAUGGGCCUCGCCAUCGGGAGCCACGGCAGUAACAUUCAGCAGGCCAGAAAAGUGCCCGGCGUGACCGCCAUCGAACUGGAGGAGGAGACGGGAACCUUCAGGAUCUAUGGAGAGAGCACAGAGGCCGUGCAGAAAGCAAGAAAUUAUCUGGAGUUUCUUGAAGAUUCAGUGCAGAUUCCUCGCAACCUUGUUGGUAAGGUUAUUGGAAAAAAUGGCAAGGUGAUCCAGGAGAUUGUGGAUAAAUCUGGUGUGGUGAGAGUGCGCAUCGAAGGGGACAAUGACAACAAACUCCCUCGACAAGAAGGAAUGGUGCCGUUUACAUUUGUUGGAACGAAGGAGAGCAUCAGCAACGUACAGGUGCUGCUGGAGUACCACAUCGCUUACCUGAACGAGGUGGAGCAGCUGCGUCUGGAGCGUUUGCAGAUUGAUGAGCAGCUCCGACAGAUUGGGAUGGGCUUCAGAUCCGUCCCAAACCGGCCUGCAGAUAAAGAGAAAGGCUUCGGCCCUGAUGAGAGCAGCAGUGGCUCCAUCCACACCCAGCGCUCCUACAGGGGCAGAGGCCGCAGGGGGCCAGCACACACCUCUGCUUACGGCACAAACUCUGAGCACUCCUACACCUCAGAAACAGACUCUGAGCGUAAAGCGGAGCUCAGCGACUGGUCUCUGGCAGCAGACGAGUCCGAGAGAAACCCUAGACCGCAGAGAGACAGCCGAAGGAGAGACCUGCGAGGGCGAGGAAGAGGAAGUAGAGGAAGAGGAGCCUCCAACUCCAUCAGCUCAGUGCUGAAGGAUCCGGACGGGAACCCGUAUAGUCUGCUGGACAACACUGAGACAGACCAGACGGCCGAUACUGAUGGCAGUGAGUCUCAGAUGAACACGAGCCGCCGCAGACGCUCUCGCCGUCGCCGCACCGAUGAGGACACCACAGUCAUGGAUGGCAUGAGCGAGUCUGACAACGCCUCACUCAGCGAGAACGGCCUCGAUGAAGCUGAAGCCAAAUCUCAGCGGCGCAAUCGCAGCCGCCGCCGCCGUUUCAGACCUGCUGAGGAGAGGCAGCCAGUUACUGUGGCCGAUUACAUAUCGCGAGCUGAGUCCCAGAGCCGACAGACAAACCCCAGAGACACGAGGAAGAGCAAGAAGGACAUGACUCGAGGAGACUUUAUAUCCGAGCACAGCGCUGCUGAAUCUGUGAGCAACGGCCCCAAUAACGCAGACGAACCGAGCGAAUCAGCCAAAGCCGUGGUCAACGGAGUCUCGUAAUCAUCUCCCAACUCAACACAACUCAUAACCUUGACCAUUCGACAACAGUGCUCGUACAAGCUUGCCAAAGAUAAGACGUACAGACUUCCACAUCCUCGAUUGCACUUUUCAGUUCCUCACAACUGAUGAAUACAACGGUUAUGACGAAAACGAAACGAGGAAAAACAAAACGAGUUACACCUUUGUAUGUUGUGCCUUCAGAGCGUAGUUUCAACAUGAUGUUGGCUGGCUAUAGAGAAAAACAAAACAAACACACACACAAAACGACAACUUGUCUGAACACACAAAGACUCCCAGACAUCCUUAGCUGCUUUUUGUUACGUUUUAAUAUGCAACCACUUCUUCACGAGGGGUUAUGGGGGGGGGAUGUUUUGCACUGAAUAGUCAUUUCUUGACCUUUAGAAUAAUGUUAGUCUGGAAACUGGUCUGCUAACUCUGUCCAUUUUAAAUGCUGUAUGUAAAGACGAUUGAAUUGGGGUUUCAUCCUUUUGCCUGUUGAGUUUUAACGGCGGCAACCGAGACCGUUUUGCUACAGGAGCCUUUUUUUCUGGUUUAUUUAUUUUAGGAAGAAGAAAAAUGUACAGUAUUUAAAAUUAACUACGCAGUUGUUUUUAACACUAAACUGCCUGGACGGCUCGGCACGCAGAUUGGACUACUGAAAGAGCGGAUUGUUUUCCAGAUGUUCGGUUGCGUAAACCGCGUUCGAUUUAGUCCUUUGGGGUUUUUUUUAAAGAUCAUUCUGGUUGUUUGAUGUGCAAUAUGUUUUGUAUGCAGGUAGUUCAUAAAGAAAUGAAUAAAUAAACAUUUGAUCUUCCA